AUGAAGGUUGACUCUGCGUUUGUGUCAGUGAUUGCUAUCGCAUGUGCGGCUGCCUCGAGUCUUUCCUUUGUUGGUGCGUCUCAAGGGAUAUCCGUAUAUGAAGAUGAAGCACGUGCUGUCGCCGUAAUGAGUCAAAAAUUAGGAUUGACACCAGCUUUGCGAAGACAGCUUCAAACCAGCGACAGCGGUACUACUGCAACGCCUACAGAUGCGGCGUCUUCAUCCACAGCGGCUGGACCGGCCACUGAAACGUCAUCCGCCCCUUCCCCGGGCCCAACACCCGCGGCGCCGACUUCGCCAAGUCCCACCCCUACAUCGGCGCCUCCAGCUACAGACCCGCCAGCCACAGACCCACCACCAACGAGCCCACCGGCAACUGAUCCACCACCAACGAACCCACCAGCUACGGACCCACCAGCUACAGACCCACCACCAACGAACCCACCGACAACGAACCCACCGGUAACGAACCCACCACCAACGAACCCACCACCAACGGACUCACCUGCCUCGCAACCACCUACAUCGCCUACUACCCCCGCGCAAACUCCUCCGACAUUAGGCGCAACAAAUGAUAUCCCUGCUCCAACACCUGCCACUCCGGAGCAGUCAAACACGACGCCGGAAUCGACACCUGCUGCACCUCCGACUGAAGCGCCGCCAUCGACCGCUGUAACACCUCCAACUGCACCGAACACACAACCAACUUUGUCCGACCCAUCGACGAUGACGCCAACUGAAAAUGCGCCGACGUCUGAUGCAGGCUCGAACUCGAGUAGUAACGAAGAAGUAUCGUCAACAUCGAGUAUGAGCACAGGUGCCGUGGUCGCUAUUGUAGUAGGAAUUGUCGCCGCUGUCGCCAUCAUUGCUACGAUCAUCAUGUGCGUCAUUCGCAGGCAACGUGAGGUGAACGACGACCCAUUGUCGCCAUUUGAACUGUCCAUGGAUAAAAGUUACAACCCCACACCAAUGUACAACCCACAGAACGUGUAUAACCCGCGUGCGAUGGGUGCAGCUAAUACCUCGGCUACCAGUCAGGUGUCCAACACACAAACGCCUCCAGCCGACACUGUGGCUGCUGGUAUUGCGUACUCUCAACUAUAUGACCAUGCCGUCACAUCCCCGGGCUCGAUGAACCGAGCGAACGGUAACGAGAAUCCAGCCGUCGGGCAUACUACAGACAAUACUACGAAUUUAUGGUUGAGUGCAAUGGAGACGAAAGACAAUGAAUCGUAUCUUAGUGCACAAGAAUCGCCUCGCUCCUCGCGCAACAGCAGCCGUAAUAGCUACGAAGUCACGUCGAGCAACGACCUUGAUUUGGAAGUGAGCAGUCAGAUCAGUGGUCAUAGCAAAGGCGACGACUUUCCAGAUCAUGAUGAAGACAACGACUCGGCACGUGGCUCGUACGAGCUUUAA